UGGGCGUCCGCGCGGAGCGGCCGCUUCACGGGAUUCUCUGGGAGCCUUCCGCCCGCGUCCUCCAGGAUCCGGAGCUGGCUGACGUCUCCUCACACACCAUCUAGAAGGUCAGCGUGGGAAGGCCUGAGGCGGGGCCGCGGAGGAGGCAGAGUGGCCGUGGAGCAGACCAGCCCGGGAGCCAGAUGAGCAGAGAGGUCUGUGUGCACUCCUGGCCUUGCUCCUACUACUUAGAACCGGAGAAGCGAUGGGUUCCUGCAAAGCUUUCGUUACCUUCUCACUCCCUGAGAUCUGCAACUGAUAAAACCGGGGAGGCCCUGGUCAGCUUCUCCUUGUCUAGUGUGAUUGAGAUCAAGAAGGAGGCUUCUCACUUUGUCUUCAGUUCUAUCACCGUCCUGGAGAAGGACCACCUCAAGCACUGGUUCAGCUCCUUGCAGCCCAGUCGGAAUGCAGUCUUCAGCAUCAUCGAGCAUUUCUGGAGAGAGCUGCUGCUGUCUCCGUCGGAAGCACCGCUCCCUGUGACCAAGGGGAAGCAGCUGACUGGUCUGAUGGCCUGUUCCCAGAAUCGCCUGGAAGAGACAGCCCAAGUCCUCCACCAUCAGGGCGAGCAGCUGGGUAGCAUCACCAAGGGCCUGGACAAGAUGGAAUCUGACCUGGACGUGGCUGACAGGUUGCUGACGGAGCUGGAGUCCCCUUGGUGGCCCUUUAGCUCCAAGCUUUGGAAGAUGCCAGCAGAAACAAAGCCCAAGGGCGGCACGUCAACGGCUAGUCCCAAAGCUCUUGGAAAAGAAGGGGUAGUGGUCCAAAUUCCUGCUGUUAUCUCCCAGGGAACAGCAUCUCAUGUUAAAGCAGGAAGUCUUACCAUCCUUGUGUCCGGGUUGGAAAUCCAUGACUCGAGUUCUUUGCUCAUGCACAGAUUUGAAAGAGAAGAUAUAGACGACAUUAAGGUUCACACACCUUAUGAAAUUAGCAUCCUCCAACGGUUCAUCGGGAAGCCAGACAUAGCUUAUCACCUGAUAUCCGCCAAGAUGCCCGAGGCUGUCCCCAUUUUGGAGGUGCAGUUCAGCAAGAAGAUGGAGUUGUUAGAAGGUGGCUUGACACCCAGAAGUGCCAGCACAUCUUCCCCAGCAGAGAAGGGCUGCUAUGUCUGGCAGGUGGGUGAGUGCGCGUCGGUCUUCAGGGGCACGGCCUGUGGUACACCGUUAACGUGCUGUGUCACUGAGAGCAUCUGCUGGUUCUGUGCACCAGUGCAGACUGUCCGUUUGUUUGUAAAUGAGAACACUUCAGACCGUUUUCCUCAAUACCUGCAACCUCAGACUGUGUGAGUCCCGGAGCGCGGGUGUAUCACACACUGGACGGCUGUGUGGGUUUCCCCUGAGCUCAGCAAGGCUCAGUGGCACUUUCAGAACAGAGGAAGGCUCCAAGGUAGGCGAUUCCCCCUUUCCUCUGUGUGACUCAGGGCACCUAGCUGCCCACCCUGGUGGGUGUCCAGUCCCUCCACCCCUGACCUUGGCAUCAGUCUGGGUCAUCCCAGCCCGCCUUCCAGGGACAUGUUUAGGAAUCAGAAUCUCUGAAAACUGCAGCAUAGUUUUUGUGGGUUUGCAGGCCUCCAUUGUUGGUGAGGUGUGCUGUCCUCCGAGUGUCUCUGGGGAGCACGGAGCUGGGCAUGGCCAGGGGUCGCAAGGGUCCCAGGUCGCAGGCCCAGCCCCAGCCUCGCCCACAGCAGCCUGGGGUCAUCUGACUUCUCAGAUUUGCCGUCCUGAUGGUAUCCGGUGGCAUCUUGCUGGUGUCUUUAUUUUCAUGUCUGAUUGAUUGUGACGUGGAGCAUCUGACGCUCCUUAUUGCUUUUGGGCUUCACAUGUUUCUCUGUGGAUUGCCUAUUCUGUGGUUUUUGUUUUUUUAUUCUGCUGUGCUGUUUGUUUAGUCCAUGUUGUAGGUAUGCAUCCCUGUUGGCUUUAGAAGCUACCACCUCUGCCAGACUGUCAUUGUCCGUUACAGAAAUCCUUAAUUGGGUAAAUUCCCCUUGAGUUUGUUUCUGCACCCAUCUUAAGAAAUCCCAAAGUCAUAAAAUACCUUAUUUUCCCAUAGGUGAUCUUAUGUCUGUGUUACUGUGAUUUUUCUAACAGGCUAGUAGGCUUUCCUUAUUGACUUUGAUUGCUGGAUGUCUGUUACAAUAAGAGAUAUGUUUGCUUCUUUUUGUUCUGAAGUGAUUGAUUUCAGUGCUAAUAUGUAACCUGGUUCCCUAACACAAGAAUAUUUUGAUGUUAUUCUACAUGGCUUCACGUUUCAAAAGAAAUUUACCUGAAAAUAGAUCUGUCCCAUAAGCACCAAAAUUUUGGAAGUGUUAAUGUAAACAGUUAAUUUUUUGGCAUUUCCAGAUUUUUCUUUGGCCCUUCUCAAGGCAGGACUGGGAAGCCCGUAAAGGGGCCGAGAAGGGUGGGCAGUAGAAGGGAGCCCAAGACCCUGAUGAGGGAGGCGUCAGGCCAGGCCGUCGGUGCCCCCACCCUGCGGUUUGCCCCUGGGGGCUGGGGCUGGGCAGUGAGGGGACCUGGGGCUGUUAGGCCUGACACAGAACGCCUUCAGCCAUUGAUUCUGCUGAUGGAGAACUCCCCGUGCCAGGCACAGUGCCGGGCCCCCACAGUCCCUCUUCUCAUGGAGCUCCACGACAUUCGUGGGUUUUCUGUGUACCUGGUGGUUUUGGAGAGAGUGUUGCGUGCCAGUUGCGGGAUGCCAGCACACUCUAUGCAGGGGAUAAGAGGCUUGCUGGGCCUGCUCUGACCCCGAAUGUCCAGGUGCAGACAGGGCUGGAGAGGAGCAGGAAGUGCGUGCCAGGGCCUCUGUGGCCGUGGUCCAGCAGCAGGAGCCUAGGUGAGUGUGGAUUCCACAGGGCCCGCCAUCAGGAAGGGCACAGGCCAAGGCUGUUGACCACAGGCUGCACGUCUUCCUCAGGGAAGCCUCACAUAAAGUCAGCUGGUGCUGGGCCUUCGCCACAUCCAGAGACACGUUCUCAGCAGCACCUAGAUUCAGGAUGUGUGGCCUCGCCUGUCAGUCACAGACGGUGUGUGUGUGGAAGGAGUGGGACCACCUCCACGAUGACAGAUGGGUGUUCAUCCUGGUGCUCACUUUAGCCUCUGGGGUGGAGGGGUUCCCACAGCAUGUCUGCAUCUGCAUGGAGCAAGAGGUGCCAUGUUCCCUCGGUGAGGCCACCCUGCCCCGGGAGUGGAUGAGGGCGCAGGUGAUGAGGAGGGGAGGCAGGGGAGAGGCCAGCACGUGGGCUUGGGAGCAGAAUAGCAGGACUGCGUCUGGCUUGCUGGGGACUCCACGGGAGGCCUGGGCGGGCCCUCUCUGUCACCUCUGAUGUUUCCAGCACCUGUGUUUUCACUGUCCCACAGUGGAAAAUGCAGAAGCGGUGGGGGUGGAAAUCAUGACUUGACAUCUCAGAAAUUUACCCCGUCCUCCAGAAGCCGUGUUGGUAGCUGCGUGGCCAGCGGGGGGCAGUGUCACCACAGGACCGGGUUUGCCUUGCGUCAGUGUGGGGAAGAACUUUCCAGAGACCUCUGCAGUCCCGUGCAGUGUAGGUGGCCCGGGCAGCGACUGGCCCCAGGGGUCUCCUGGGCUUCGGAGGCUGGGAAUGACACAGGUGGCCUGCGUUCACCCUGGGGAAGAGCAGUGGAAAAUGGCUGUUUUCUUGCACAGCAUCUUUAGGGUACCCUUUACAUCUUAGCGUGGAUUCAGACUUGAGGAAGAGCUGGGAGGAGAGUCCCCCGUGGCUGCCAUCCUCACUGUCACAGCUGACGAGCCUGUCUGAGCUCUGUCUAGAUCCCCUCGUGCUUGCCGUUGCAGGACACCGUCUGGAGUCCCCCACGACGGGUGGUGUCUCCCUGGGCUCUCCUUACUCUGAAGGUCUCGACGGCGCGUAGGAGGAGUGCUGAGGUUUUGUACACCGUCUCGUGAUUGCACUCUUGUCUCAUGUUGUCUCAUGGUCCUGGGUUGAUGUUUUUAAGAAGAAGACUUCAGAGCAUGGCCCAUGCUUAGCAAUUGAUGGUAUUUUGGGUAAUUUUUGUCUUUGUUGUUUGCCAACGGCCACGUUUGAGAGAAGCUUUCUCUGACCACAUCAUUUAAGAGACAACACUCGCCCUCGGGUGCUGUUGCCCUCUGAUUGGCUGCCGUGCUCUCACACUGGGACAAGUACUGCAUCUGGACAGGACGCAACUUGUCUCUUGAUGACCACAUCUCCAGCACCCAGAACAGGCCCAGGCAUCCAGGAGCACACUCAUCUGCAUGAAAUAGUACACAUCUGGGACCCAGACUUCACCGUGCCCAGGCCGCAGUCCUUGAACCUGACACUCCCCCCUGACCCACGGCCUCAACUCAGACCACUGAGGCCAUUCACAGCACCAGCACAUCAGGCCUGUCAUGCCCCUAAGCUCUAAGCCUAACCCCAGGUUGGCUAUUGAGCAUCUCUUCCCAGAGCCUUGCUCCAAAGCACCAGGUAUCCGGGACACCCAAGCAGCAUUAAGGGACUCGGGCUGCCACCUGGAAGGAAACCGCACCAAUGUGAACUCUGGAAAGCACUCAGAGCAGAACUCUGAACGCCCAUCCCUGCGAAACUUCACUUUCUGUGCCGCCUGGCGGCAAACCCUGAGCCUGACUCCCAACCUGAUCCCACCCUCAAGACACACUGCCCGUCCCAGCUCGCCACAGUUCCCACAGACCAGGAGUGCCGUGCACCUGGGCCCUAACCCUAACCCUAACCCUAAACCUCACGUGGCUUCUGAGAGAUCUCUCCCUAGGUCCCUGGCUCCAUGCCCCAGGGAUUUGCGCCACCUAAGCAAUACUGGAGGACACAGACUGACACCACAAAGCAAAAUGCACCAUUUGGCACUUCUGAAAGCGCUGAGAGCAGGAGAGCUAUGCCUGCCGUACCCUUGGGCCCUAACCCCGACCCUAGGUGGGCU